GGAAAAUGAAAAUAGCUGUUUAGCUAAAAGCAGAGAAAUAUUAAAAAGCCAUUUCCAGUAAUAUAUUAUUGAUUAUUUGUGUUAACCAUUAAAAAUACAAUAGAAUAAUAUGGCUAAUAAUACUAUUAUCAAGUAUGUGGGAAGGACAACUGAUUUUAGAGGCAAAACCUUAUGGGAAAUAAUUGGGCGCUUAAAAGAUUACGGUGUUGGAAGAAUAGUGGUGCGGUCCGUUUUCGAAAGGUAUCCUGAACCGAGUUUUAUGCGUAUUGUAAAGGUUGAAACAUGCCCAGAUGAAGAAAGGAGGAGAGUACGAGUUUGGGUUGAGAAAACCUUUAGAGGAUAUACUCAUGACAAAUUGACAGAAAUAUAUAGAACAUCAUACAAGCCGGACUACAAAUUAAUACCAAAACAUGAGGAAGAAAAAUUAAUUAAUUCUAUUACCAAUAAACAUCACUUCUCAGAUGUUAUUCUUCCAAACAAGAUUGAAAUGCCACCACUUAUGAAGGAGUUCAUUGUAAAAGAUCAUGAAAGAAAGGGGUUGAAGACGCUGACCGACUUUGAAAUGCCAUUGAGGUACAACUACAGUCCCAACAGAGUAAUGAGAAUAGCUAAGGGUGAUGAGAAACCCACCGUCAAGUUCACCAUGGGCCUCGGAAAACCUGUUAGCCUGUCUUUGUAUGCGGGAGUGCAAUUAUUAGAAUGAGAAACAAAUUGUGAGUAGUUGUAGUUAAACAAAAACAGAAGACUACAAAACAACGUUUGAGUAAGUUAAACUUAAAUAUAGUUUACUGUUUUUAAUUUGUGUUAUUAGUAUAGUUUAAUAUAAUUAAAAGAGUUGAAAUAUG